AUGUCCAAUGCGAUAAUUAGCGCGAUAGAAGGUGGGACGGGAGAAAGCCCCCAGCCUGCCGAAUCUCAGCCUGAAAAUCUUGUCCAGAGUGGCACCGAUCGCCAUCUCCCAGAGAUUGAUCCACGGAUUGGGUCAUCCCGAAGCGCUCAAGGAUAUAUUGCUUCGGGUUUCGGCGUUGUGGCAGGUGUCUUUGCAGUCUUUUCCUUCGGCGAAGUUCCCUGCAUGAGGCAAGAUAUUCUGUCCAAGCUUCCCGUCGUCGGCAACUACUGGAUCAGGGAGGUGCCGCCGGAGGACAACCCUGCGUGA